CUUAAAAUAGACCUUCAUCUGUUCAUUAUCUUAAAUAAGUGAUCUUUAACUUGUGUGAUUUAACGAGAAACAGCCUGCCUGCCCUCUGCAGAAUGAGUUGUUUGCAAGUUGUGUUUGCCUCGAUUACCUGUGCCGUGCUUGUUGACAUAUCGAUUGCUCGAGAAUGCAGCGGGCAUGGACAUUUGGAUCACCACUCUCACCAAUGUGUGUGCGAACAUGGAUGGGGCGGCGACAACUGCGAAUUAGUUACAGAUUGCGGCCACCAUGGGCAUUUGAGCGGCAGCAUUUGUGUGUGUGACCACGGUUAUGCCGGCACAACUUGUGAUGUACUAUGUAUCCAUGGCCACCACGAUGAGCAUGACCAGACAAAAUGUCAUUGUGACCCGGGUUGGACCGGUAAACAAUGUGACCAUAAUGCAGCUACAACUACAAAAACAACAGCAACCUAUACGACGACCCGAACGCCAACCACUCCAGCAGAAUGCAGCGGACAUGGGCACCUUGACCAUCACGCUCACCACUGUGUGUGCAACCAUGGAUGGAACGGUACACACUGCGAGCAUCCAAGUUGCGGCAACGGAAACUGGAACGGAAGCCAAUGUGUUUGCCCCAAUGGCUUGACUGGAGCGCAUUGCGAAAUCCAUUGCAAGAAUCACGGAAUACAGAGUCCAAAAUACCCUUUGAGAUGCCAUUGUGGACUCCAAUGGGCUGGCAUAACGUGUGACAUCCACUGCACCAAUGGAGCACAGGAUCAUACCGAACACAAUGGCUGUCGGUGUAACAACGGAUGGACGGGAAUAAGCUGUGACCAGCCUGAUUGUGGCACCCAUGGGCAUUUGGACGGCCACAAAUGUGCUUGCAAAGUGCACUAUGCUGGCGCAAACUGUGAAAAACACUGUCAAAACAAUGGCACCCAGAGUACUAGUGACCCCACAAGUUGCCAUUGUCAACCCAGAUGGGCAGGAUUACUGUGUGACAUCGACUGUAACCAUGGCAUCUAUAAUCAGUCUGACCACCAAAAAUGCCAAUGUGACUCGGGGUGGACUGGGGAUCAUUGUGAUUAUAUGGUGGAUGGUGGUUGGUCCGACUGGUCUGCCUGGUCCGACUGUCCUGCUGACUCUCUUGUUAACACGACCAAGUCUAGAACACGCACCUGUUCCAAACCUUCUCAACAGUUUGGUGGCGCCAAUUGUACCGGACAUAGCGUGGAAACGGACUGCUGUCCAGUCAAUGGCGGCAUCGGUUCUUGGACAGUCUGGUCGGUGUGCAGUGGCAUUUGUUUGGACGCAUACAGGGUGAGAGUUCGUCAGUGUAAUAACCCCAUGCCUUACUGCGGUGGUAGAUACUGUGGGUCUGAAAUAGAAGUGGACCAAACGUGUAUACCUGAUCACUGCACAACAACAACAACAUCAACAGUUACAUCAUCAGCAGGGUCACCAGGAAUCAUUGAACCAAACAUGACAGAAGCAAUAACACCAAACACUACAAUUGCUUCGAAGACAGGACUUACGCCAACAAUUACAUCAGCAGUAUCAGUGACCACAACAACAGCUACUCAAAUACCAACAUCAACAACACAAGUUACUGCAGGAUAUUCGUCAACUGGUACGAUUUCAACUACGAGUACUCCACCCAACAGGUCAACACCAUCUAUAGCAACUUCUACAACAGGGAUUUUAUCAACUGUUAGAAGUUCAACUAUGAGUAGUCCACCCACGACUUCAACAUUUCCACCAACAACUACUACAAGAGGAUAUAUCGGCCUAUCGGAAACGACUACAGGGAGUUUAUCAACUGUUACAAGUUCAACUAUGAGUAGCCAACCCGCGACUUCAACAUUACCACCAACAACUAUUACAACAGGAUUCAGCGGUCAAUCGGAAACGACUACAGGCACUGCCGUCCGACCAACAGCGGCUCCACAACCUAUCCAGUGCACAGUGUGUAAGGUCAACCCGCAGCUGUGCUUUGUCCUCACUAAAUUGGAGACGUGUCCUGACUCCUACUGCAUCAAUGAAGUCACAAACAAUGAAGACGGCUCUAAAUGGAUUGACAGAAGAUGUGGCACUUAUGACGAGUGUGAGAACGACUGGUGGCACAGCACAAGUGAUGAUCCAGACUGUCAGGAAUACAAACCAAACGAGAACACGAUGAAGGACAUCCACUGUACCUACUGCUGCACCACAGACAACUGUAACAUGGAUAUCAAGCCUGCCCAAGACACCCUCUACACGCAUCCAAAGAAAUAGACAAGCAACUAAUUUGUUCUCGAAUGUUGCUUAUGUUUAUCGUUUGCCUGUUCAAAGCAUAGAAUGAUAUGUUAUGUUUGUUA